GCCACACUAGCUUAAAAACAGCUGUUCAUUGUUUUUGUCAGCUUGUGUAAUUUUAAAAAGUUUCGAUUGUGAAUAAAAUAGUUAAAUUUAGUGUUAAAAAUGCGAGGUGUAAUUAGUGGCAUUAAAAGCGCUGUGAGGGCAACCAAUUAUACACCAAUUGCCAAAAAUGUAGUGCCAUUUCAACGUUUUCGUUUGCCUGAAAUACGACAACUUUCAGUUGAGUCCUCACCGACUUGUUGGAAUUGCCAAAAUAAAUCGGCUUUGAGACAGAAUAUGAUAUGUUCUGACUGUGGACACUUGCAGGAUGUUGAUGCAGAAAUAAAUUACUUCAAACUGCUGAGCUUUCCCACCCAGUUUUCAUUGGAGUCUCAGAAGUUGACAAAAAGUUUUCGUCAGUUGCAGACCAUAGUGCAUCCUGAUAAAUAUAGUAAUAAAACAUCCCGCGAGCAAACCAACUCCGCGGAUUGGAGUUCCCUGAUUAACAAGGCCUACAAGACUCUUGCCACUCCCAUAGAACGUGGUCAGUACCUCCUCCAACUGGAGGGCGAACAAAUGCCCCAGGAUAAUAGCGCCCUUAACAAGGAAUUCCUUAUGGCCAUGAUGGAACGGAAUGAAGAGGUGGAGGAUGCAGAGGACACCAAAACUCUGGAGGACUUAAAUGCCCAACUCAUCAAGGAACUGGAGGGAAUGUCCCAGAAGUUAAACUCCCUGUUCGAAAAGAAAGACCUUCAAGGAGUCAAGGGAACCCUUGUGGAGAUGAAGUACCUCCUGAGUAUUCAGAACAGCAUCAAACAGAAGCAGCAAAGUUUGCUGGGCAGCUGAGUAAUCACUAAUCGAUCUGCCUAUCGGUUCUGAUCACGCACACAAGUCCACCUGUUGCUAUCUAUCAGCUGUUUAGUAAACAAUAACACUGACUUCGUUUGUUUUAUAAUGUGAAUAAAAAUCGCGAUACAGCA